AUGGUGGGUCCGAGGGCUCUGCCCAGGCCGCUCAGGCUCCUGCUGCUGACACCCCUCUGCCUUCUGCAUGUGGGGGCCUCUGGGCAGCCCCGCCCGACCCACCGAGCCCCUGACGGGGAGGCCACGUCCAUUCAAGGAGUGCGGGAUGGCUCUGGGGAGCUGGCUUGUGGCUCCGGACCCGCACCCCCCCACCCAGUGGUCUUCUGGAGCUUCACUCCCCUGGGCUUGCUGACUCCCCGGCCUGUGGCUGUCACCAAUGGGGCGGAGUCCAGGGUGGAGGCCAGGACCUCGGCUCUGGGGGCCGUGAGUCUGCGGGAGCUGCGGGAGGGUGCCCGAGGCCGCUUCCCGUGCCAGGCCCUGCACUCGGCCGGGGGCCGGCUGCACACCCCCUACUCCUGCCUCACUCUGGCCGUGCUGGGCUUCUCCUGCCUCUGGCCUGUGCCCGCAUCAAAGCCUCGGGUGAGGCUGAGCGACCUGUCCCCAGUGGAGGGGACCUCCGUGGUGGCCACAUGUGUAGUCCGGGAGGGCACAGAGCCUGUGACGUUUGCCUGGCGACAUCAGGCACCUCGAGGCCUGGAGGAGGAGCUGGUGGAGGUGACGGAGCGAUGGCUUCAGCUAGACCUGGUCAACAGGACACACCUGGGCUGGCGCGUAUGCAGUGCCCACGACGCCAUCAACCGGCUGAGCAGUGAUGGGACCUUCCUUGAUGUCAUCUAUGGUGCAGACAAUCCUGUAAUCACCGUGGCGCCACUGGGCUUCCGUGAGGAGGAUUUCUGGGCCAGUGAGAGGGAAGAGGUGACCCUGAGCUGCCUGGCUACAUCCAACCCCCCGAGUCACUAUGUUGACACCCACAGCCAGACCAGCAUCGGGCUCACCAUCUACUAUCUCCCUGAGGGGCAGCCCUCCUGUGCAGUGCUUCCCAUCCUCGGGGCUGUGACUUUGGUCUGCACCUGGCCUGGGGGGCUUCCAACUGCCCCACUGCAGUGGGAAGGGCCCCAGGGAACCGGCCCUACUGGUCUCAGCAAUGUCACCUGGAGUCAGCCGGCCACGCAGUUCCCCAACAGCAGCGCUUUCCCCUGUGCCGGCCGGCACCCAGCCCUGGCGCUGCCCACCCUCUCUGCGGGAUCACGCUGGGAUCCCCUCUGGAGCCCCACCUGCUGGAUCACAGCCACAGUCGGAGACCAGGUCAUCAUGCUGAGCUGUGAGUGGCUGGGAGGCGCGCCCCCUGCCCUGCUGAGCUGGCUGGAUGGACAGCAGCAGCCCUCCCAGGCUGUCCACCUCCUGCAGGCUCAGGAAGACUUGGCUGACCGAGAGUUCACCUGCCGGGGCACUCACCUGCUCAGGGCCCCUGACCCCCACUGCCGGCUCCAACCGGAAGGUCCACGGUUGGCAGUGGCUCAGCCCCGCGUGUCCGUGCUGGAAGGGGGGGCCUGGCUGGGCUGCGCCCUCCUGGGGGGCACGCCGCCUGCCCAGCUCCUGUGGCUGGGACCCCAGCAACAGCAGGUGGAAGCCGGCACCCCCGGAUUCAUGCGGCACCCUGAGGGUGCCCAGCUCCACCUUCGCAUCCGGGAUGCUGACCCAGCGCACCGCAGGGGCGCCUACCAGUGCGUGGCCCGCAAUGCCGUGGGCAACAGCAGUCGAAGCGUCCUGCUGGAGCUCCGGAGAUAGCCAGCUCCUCCCAACGUCACCAUCUGCCGCCUGACCUACGGGCACCGGAGACAGGUGCAGCUGCGGUGGGCCGUCGAGGGCCCCCCGUCGAGGGAACCGGACGGGCUUCCUGGUGCAGCCGGGGCCAGCGUCCCAAGCCCAGGAGCCGGGGCCUGGGAGACAGCAGCCAGGGACAUGGAGCCUGGGAGCAGGGGCCGGAGGCUGGGGGGCGUGGACCCGGGUGUCCGCUAUGCCUUCCGCGUCCUGGCUCUGAAUCACCACACGGCUGGACACCCCUCUGAGGUGAAGACACCGGUGGAACCCCCGUUCAGCGUCCAUCCAGCAGUGCUGGGUGCAGUGGGCCCUGCAACAGUGGCCUUCCUACUGGUGUUCCAGUAUCCUGCCCGGCACCGGACACUUUCCCCUCGCCUUGGCCAGUUGCUUGUUCCCAUGGAGCAAAGUCACCAAUACAGGGAUUCAAGGGAGGGCCUGGAGGCACAAGCAGGCAUCGAACCACCACCCACCACCCCAGGUUCGGAUCCUGCACAAGCAGCCACGGAUGCCCCAGGUAAUGUAACCAUCACCGUGACUGCAACACCGUGA